CAUUACAGAUCUAUAAUUUAUCCCAAAAUAUACAAGAGGAUGAUCUACAACAGCUGCAGCUUUUUACUGAAUAUGGACGACUGGCUAUGGAUGAGAUCUUCUUGAAGCCCUUUCAAACCCUUAUGUUUUUGGUUAGAGAUUGGAGCUUUCCUUAUGAAUAUCCCUAUGGAGCAGAAGGAGGUGCAAAGUUCCUAGAGAAGAGGCUGAAGGUAAAAGAACACCAGCAUGAAGAGAUCCAGAAUGUACGCAAACACAUUCACUCCUGUUUCACCAAUGUCAGCUGCUUCCUUCUCCCACACCCCGGACUAAAAGUGGCAACCAGUCCUCAGUUUGAUGGCCGCCUGAAAGACAUUGCUCCUGAGUUUACAGAGCAGCUGAGUGCUCUGGUGCCACUUGUUCUUGAACCUAGCAGCCUUAUGGAGAAAGAGAUAAAUGGUGCAAAGGUGACUUGCCGAGGACUGCUUGAGUAUUUCAAGGCUUACAUAAAAAUAUACCAAGGAGAAGAUUUACCACAUCAUCCCAAAUCUAUGCUACAGGCAACUGCUGAGGCCAAUAACCUGGCAGCGGUGGCUUCUGCCAAAGACUUGUACAACAGCAGCAUGGAGAAGAUUUGUGGUGGUGACAAACCAUAUGUGUCACCAGAUGUCCUGAGAGAUAGAGAUGCUGCCUGUAGGGACGAAGCCCUGUCUCAGUUUGACCGUGCAAAGAAAAUGGGAGGAGUGGAGUUCAGCAAGCAAUACAGAGAAGAGUUGGAGAAGGACCUUGAUGACAUAUAUACUGCUUUUUGCAAGCACAAUGAAAGCAAGAAUAUCUUCACAGCCUUCCGCACUCCCGCUGUACUUCUAGCCCUGGUGGCUGCAUUAUACAUGGCUUCUGGUAUCACAGGAUUUGUCGGUUUAAGUGUGGUGGCACAACUGUUUAACUGUGCCAUGGGGCUACUGCUCAUUGCACUUCUCACAUGGGGCUACAUCAAAUACUCUGGACAGUACAGAGACCUUGGCAAAGUUAUCGAUUCCAGUGCGGAUUAUGUUCUUGAGCAGGUAAUACAAUGA